CGGGCCAAUAGAGGAGGGGCCGGUGGGCGGGGCCGCGCGGCUCUUAUAAGGGGCCAUGAAGCGGGCGGGGCUAGGACCUUUCUGCCCAGAAUGUCUGCGAGUCAAGAGAGCCGAUCUAGAGACAAUGGCCCUGAAGGAAUGGACCCCGAUGGUGUUAUUGAGAGCAAUUGGAAUGAGAUCGUGGACAGCUUUGACGAUAUGAACCUGUCCGAGUCGCUCCUGCGAGGAAUCUAUGCUUAUGGUUUUGAGAAGCCUUCUGCCAUCCAGCAACGAGCCAUUCUCCCUUGUAUCAAGGGUUAUGAUGUGAUUGCCCAAGCCCAGUCUGGCACUGGGAAGACUGCCACGUUUGCCAUCUCCAUCCUGCAGCAGAUCGAGCUGGACCUGAAGGCCACCCAGGCGCUGGUCCUGGCCCCCACCAGAGAGCUGGCCCAGCAGAUCCAGAAAGUGGUCAUGGCUCUGGGCGACUACAUGGGCGCCUCCUGCCACGCCUGUAUAGGAGGGACCAACGUCCGUGCCGAAGUCCAGAAGCUGCAGAUGGAAGCCCCUCAUAUCAUUGUGGGGACCCCCGGGCGAGUCUUCGACAUGCUGAACAGGAGGUACCUGUCCCCCAAGUUCAUCAAGAUGUUUGUGCUGGACGAAGCCGACGAGAUGUUGAGCCGCGGUUUCAAGGACCAGAUCUACGACAUAUUCCAGAAGCUGAGUGGGAACACACAGGUGGUGCUCCUGUCUGCCACGAUGCCCAUGGAUGUCCUGGAGGUGACCAAGAAGUUCAUGAGGGAGCCCAUCCGCAUCCUGGUCAAGAAGGAGGAGCUGACCCUGGAAGGUAUCCGGCAGUUCUACAUUAACGUGGAGAGAGAGGAGUGGAAGCUGGACACUCUGUGUGACCUCUACGAGACCCUCACCAUCACCCAAGCCGUCAUUUUCAUCAACACCCGGAGGAAGGUGGAUUGGCUCACUGAGAAGAUGCAUGCCCGGGACUUCACCGUUUCGGCCAUGCACGGAGACAUGGACCAGAAGGAGCGUGACGUCAUCAUGAGGGAGUUCCGCUCCGGCUCCAGCCGUGUCCUCAUCACUACCGACUUGCUGGCUCGUGGCAUCGAUGUGCAGCAGGUCUCCCUGGUUAUCAACUACGAUCUGCCCACCAACCGGGAGAACUACAUCCACAGGAUUGGUCGAGGCGGCCGCUUCGGCAGGAAAGGGGUGGCCAUCAACAUGGUGACGGAAGAGGACAAGCGCACCUUGCGCGACAUCGAGACCUUCUACAACACCUCCAUCGAGGAGAUGCCUCUCAACGUGGCCGACCUCAUCUGAGCCUUGCCUGGGCCUGGCCUUGCGGUGCCUAGAAAACAACCUCCCCGGUGGGCACAACAAAACACCCCUUCGAAUCCUUCCCAUCCACCCACCCACCCA